GCUCCUAUAGCCUUUGAUUCCUGGGGGAGGAAGAGGCGCCGCUGCCCCUCCUGUUUUCCCUGGGCUGGCGAUGGCUGUGCGGCUCCUCCAAAGGCUCCCUGGCCUCAGAGGGCGAUCCCGGGCACUGCUCAUCGCUCUUCCGCAGUCGGGGCCUCUCCUCGGGGGCGCUGGGCCGGCCUUUCGAGGGACCAAAGCCGGCGACACCGGUAAGGAUCAAGCUUCUCUGACAAGAUAUGAUGAGUCAAGAAAUAAUACCAAUUGGCAAAAGAAAUUGACCCCUGAGCAAUUUUAUGUCACCAGGGAAAAAGGAACCGAACUGCCUUUUAGUGGAAUCCACCUGACUAACACGGAGCCUGGGAUGUACCACUGUGUAUGCUGCAAUGCCCCACUGUUCAGAUCAGAAGCAAAGUAUGAUUCCGGCACAGGUUGGCCCUCCUUUUCAGAAGCCUAUGGGACACAUGGAACAGAUGAAAGCAAUACUAAUAUCCUGAGACGGCCUGAUAAUUCAUCAGGAUUAAGCCGGACAGAAGUCAUUUGCAAACAGUGUGAUGCCCAUCUGGGCCAUGUGUUCGGUGAUGGUCCCAAGCCAUCUGGGCAGCGGUUCUGCAUCAACAGUGUUUCAUUAACAUUUAAACCGAACUCAAGCCAAUGAGGCUUGGAUCUUUACAUCCUGUGUAUUAAAAGUGCUUUAGUGCUGAAGAUUCUCUUGCCAAAAAGGACUACCUUGCAAACGGAUCAGGAACCAGGUGCUUGUAACUAAUGUCUCUAUUUUAUGUAAAUAUAGUAAAGUCAAUUAAUUAGCAUGCAUGUAGCCAAUGCUGAGCCAUUGAUGUGAGAUGAGCUGCAUUUAUUCUGUAAUGGAAUAUGCUUCUUUGAUGGAUGUCACCGGCCCAGUCUGUGCAUUCUCUGUAUGCACACAGAGCUCUUUCAGUCUUGGACUGUAUCAUUAAAUCCUGCACAGACAACAAAGAGCAAGCUGUAUCUGUGUAUCCCCAUACGUAGCAACACUAUGUAUGUACUCUCAUACAUAGGAAUGUAAUUUUUUUAAUCAAUCAAAAUGGUUUUGAUUGCUGAACUUAUUCUGAACAGUGUAAUCAAGCAGAUGUAAAUAAAUAUAGCAGUUUCCCAAA